GCCGAGGAAAGCCGGGGAGGAGGAAGAGGAAGAGGGGCCGGUAGAGGGAGGGGAGACGAGCGAGGAGGAGGAGAAGGAAGAGGAGCUCGGGGACGGCCUCCCAGGUGCGAUUGAUGGGCCGCUUCUCCACCGGGGACCUGCCUGCCUGCCCCGCCCCUGGGCCCCUUAGCCCCCGGCUGGGGAGGAAGCACUGACCCGCCAGGUCAGGGGUUAAGAAUCAUGUUGCAUGAAGCAAGGGACAGACAGAAGUUCCUCAGCGAUGCUCAAACUCUGCGGGACAUGCAGCAUAAGGUGGAGUCUGAAUAUCAGGCUUGUCUGAGAGGCCAGGAAUCCAGAAGAGACUCAAGUGAGAAGAAGCGAGAUCCAUUUGGGGGGCAAGAGACAAAUGCGGAGAGAGCCCGGUUUUUAAACGGGUCGUCUUCCAAGCAGAGUAGUAGUGAGGAGGAUCUUCAAGCCCAACCGGGAUUAUCUGCCAAGAGUUCUUCGAUGAACUAUGAUUCCAGACUUCCGGCAAUUGACCAGACAUCCGUCAAGCAGAAACAUAAAAGUACCAUGACUGCAAGGCAACCAGGGAAAGUGGGCUCCAGCAAACCCUCUCCGGCAGCCCCGCCACCACAGAUUUUGUCGCGGAAGAGGAGGCCAAACCUGGGAAGAAUGACGGUCAGCCCAGACAUGCACAGCCCCAGAGGGGCUGCGGAGCGAAGCAGACAGAAGCCACAGCUGCCAGGGAAGGCGCCGGCUCUCUGGGGAGCAGAGCCGAUGAUUCAACGAGAAGGCCCAAUGUGGGCAAGUGACUCUAAGCUGAAGAGGCCAAUUCUAGAGAGAAGAAACUUGGUCCCAUCCUCACAGCCCUUGGCGAUGAGCAAGAAUACCUCUGAAAGAGCCAGAAAAGGGGACCUGCGUGGCCUUUCCCAGAAUGAGCCCCGUCCAGCCCUCUCCCAGGCCUUCCCAGGAAUGAACAGCCCUAGAGUGCUGAGUGAGUCCUUGGGGCCACCGCUCUUCACCACCACCAUGGGAGGGUCACAAAGGGUGCCGUUUAGGUUCAGAGAUGAAGAUUUCUAUUCCAUGCUAUCAUUAAGUCAUGGAGAAGACGAUGAAGACACUGAAGAGGAAAUCCAGGCAGAGGAAGAGCUUCUGUUGCUUGGUAUGCAUGCACCCCAUUCUCCUUCCAGUCAUAAGAGAAGUCAAUUUCUUGGAACUCAGGCCAAAUUUAAAAAUUUUAAAGAAAAUCCUGGAAAUUGCAGGGCUAAUUCUGUAAGAAAUGAGUCCAGUCAUGGCUCACUAGGAAUAAGCAGUGUAAGGGAGCCCGUGAGAGAGCAGUCUUCUGAUGGGCAAAGGAUGUUCCAAGACCCCAGGCUGCCCGAUGGGGAGUCUACUGACGAGAGUGACAGUAGUGACGAUGAAAAUGAGAAAAAGACGUUUCGCUCACAGGACACCAAAUUCAAACCCAACCUAGAUGAUGACCUCAACCCUGAACAUGUAUUUAGCGAUUCUACUUCUCUGGAAGUCAGGUCUGGCACUCAGGAUUGUGAAAGAGAAUGGCAACCCCAUUUACAUAGUUCUAGUACUUCUCUUGAUUCUUUUAGUUCUGGUACACCAACAGCUCCAAGAUCACCAAGAAAUCCAUCUUAUAACAUCCCUGGAUCAUUAAUGCAUUCUGCCCCGAGAGAAGACAUUCCAGGAGACUUGUCAAUGACAUCUACUUCCGCUCACAGCUCAGACUCAGAUGGAAACUCAAGGUUUCAUGCUCGUCAACCACUGUCUCCAAUUAGAAACAGGAACUCAUUCGCCAGUGUCGAAAACCACAGUUACUUUCCAGGGAACAGUGCACAUGAAUUUGGUGUCAGGGGAGCAGAAGCUAAUCCUUUAACAAGUCAAUCUCAGAGGGCUCCCGUGUUUACAGAAGAUCUCUUACUGAACUCUCAGAGCAGCAUGCCACUGAUGGAGCCUUCCGGCUCCUUUCCGCCAGGAAUGAACUUACAAGGACACUUGCUUGUGCCCGGGUCCCUGCAAGAAAAUAUGCCAUUUACUUUCUUUGCAGUGUCUGAUUUUCCAAAUCAAAGUGGUAAUGGAGAUAGAAGGGCAGUCAUUGGUUUCAUAGAUGAAAAAGAAGCCACUGAAAAAAAGGCAGACCCAGAGAAACUCAAGAAAUUGCAAGAAAGUCUCCUGGAGGAGGACUCCGAGGAGGAGGGAGACUUGUGUCGCAUCUGUCAGAUAGCCGGGGGCUCCCCCACCAACCCCCUCCUGGAGCCGUGCGGCUGUGUGGGAAGCCUGCAGUUUGUCCAUCAGGAGUGCCUGAAGAAGUGGCUGAAGGUGAAAAUAACGUCAGGGGCGAAUCUAGGCGCUGUGAAGACCUGUGAGAUGUGUAAGCAAGGCCUGCUGGUCGAUAUGGAUGAUUUUAACAUGACUGAGUUCUACCAGAAGCACCAGCAGUCCCGGCUGCAGAACGAGCUGAUGAAUUCCGGCUUGUACCUGGUGCUGCUGCUCCACCUCUACGAGCAGAGGUUUGCGGAACUCAUGAGACUCAACUACAGCCGGGCGGGGAGAGAGCGGCUGUCAAGAAAUUUCCCACGACCCAGGCCGGAAGAAAAUGAAAGUUCCGAUUUGGGAGACGGGAAUGAAAACGGCAUUUAUGAAGACAACAGCCGGGUCAUCUAGCAAGGAGCUGGCCCUGGAGCUCGGCGGAGACCUCUCUCCCAGCCGCCCUUCCUACGUCCCCAGGUGCCCUGCUCCCUUCUCUUUACUGAAACUGAGACCACAGUUAGCGUUUUUGUUUUUGUUUUUACCUUCUGCCACUCCCCUCUCGGGAUCUGGCUUCAGCGUCUGCGGACAGCAAAGCCACCAGCCCAGACCCAGACAGCGCGGGCCAAGCAGCCUGGCCUCGUGGAGCACCCAACAGGCUGCCCUGCUGUUGCCCCUCAGCCCAGA